AUCCAAUCAAAAGAAAAGUGUUAGGGAUCUCGUCGAUACAUGUAAACAUCAUGGCGGAGCAAAUGUGGAGUCAAAGUGAGAAUGACAUCAAGACUUAGUUAUCCAUUUGCAACUGACCUGGACCUAAACUCAAUGGCUGUGAGAACGAGCUCUACUCAGUUUCGAGGAAAGACUUCACAGCUUCCUUUACUCCCCACUGCAACUCCACCACCAGGCCCUGAAUCCCAGCUUGUUCCAUACGGCAUGUUCCGAGGCAAGAACAGUCCAGCAGGGAUCCGCCACAGUGCAGACAUUCUAGAAUCAGAAGAGAAAUUAAGACUUUUAGAAACAAGGCUUGGGUUGACAGAAAAAUCAAAUCGCUCUCUUCUGGAGGAAGUUCUUCGUUUGCAAAACGAUCUCCGCAUUUCUGUCGUACGAAAUGAGCAGAGUAUACGAGAUGAAAAGCAAGCUCGUAUUCAGCUAGAUUCCUCCUUGAACAUUGUAAAUGACUUAAUUACACAGCUUGCUGCUCGAAUCAAAACUGCAGAGGAAAAGAUCUUGGAAGAGAAAUCAACCCUGAGCUCAUUAGUUCAACACACAAAAGGUGUUGAGCAAACAGUGCUAGCAAGCCAACAAGAGCUGAAGUCCAGGAAAGAUGUACAGGGAAACAAGUUGUUAGAUCUCCAGUCUCGCUUGAAUGAAACACUGCAUUCCAAAGAACAAGUAGAAAAAAACAUUUUCACUUUGACAGAAGAGCUACGUAGUCUUCGUAAUAAGGUGGAAAAUCAGCAAGCUCAGUUUAGUACUGUUGUUGCUGACCUUCGACUUCGGUCACGACGCCUUGAAGAAGAAAACAAGCUACAGAUCCAGGAGCUAGAUGCACUUCGUAAACAAGGAGACUUGCAUUCACACACAGAACAGAAUGCAUCCCAUCUUCGUGGACAGGUUGAAACAAGACUCACUGAGCUGCGGGAUGUUAUACUUGAGCUGCGCUCACGUCAAGAUGCGGAAACAAGUGAGCGACGUUCCUUAGAGUCCUUACUACAGCAGAAGACAAAUGAGCUGCAGAUGGCAAUAGCAGAACAAGCUCGGAAGCGUGAAGAGGCUAUGCAUGCCCUAGACAUGAUUCACCGAGAGAAGGAGCAUUCUGCAGAGACAGAAAAACUCAAGCUGCAGAGCCGAGUGACAGAGUUGGUGGAGGAGAUGAACAAGCGUGUCCUUAACAAGGAGAUUAAGCUGAGGGAAGAGAUACAGGACAAGUACAUGCAAAUGGAAAAGUUACUUCAAAUGGAACAAGAAAAGCGAGCAGAGCAUGAGAGAAAGAUGAUGGACCAGACAGAGAGGCAGUGGCAAACCUUGAAAAAGAUGGGUGAUGAUGAAAUGCAUGGAGUCAAAGGUGCCCUCAAGAUGGAGCGAACCAAAAACAAGGAGUCCAUUGAGAAGCUGGAUGAGUCUAUUUCUCUGUUGGAAAAACAGUUAGAAGAACAGAAGCGUCAGUCAGACAAGAUCAUUGCUGCUGAGAUUAAAUCCAGGAAAGAUCAUGAGCGCCACACACAGGAACAAGUGGCUGGUGUGCAAGAAAAGUUGCAGAUUGCCACUGCCAAACUUCAGCAGGCCAUAGGAAGUAUUUCUGGGCAUUUGAAUACACAUAAUGAGAAGAUGCGUAAAGAAAUGAAAACUAUGCUAGAGGCUUCAGAGCAGAGCACGACUCGUGCUGUGACAGACUUGGAUGUUAGGAUGCAGAGCAUAAAGCAGAAAGUUGUCAACCUUGAGCAGCUUUUUGAUGGUCGCAUUUCAGAGCUGGUCAACUUGCAUCUUAACCCAGAGGCUGUGGAGUUGAAUGAGGCCACAUCAAUUCUAGCUCAGAAUUUACGUGAGAAGAUUGAGUCCAUCUCAUUGUGGCAAGAUGUCACUAGCCAGACAAUUCGAGAACUGAAUCAGUCAGUACAACAGGUUCCUAAUGAUAUCUACGCUGUUGAAGAGAAGCAGAAGCUACUCAAAUUGGAAGUGGAGUCCAGAGUCUCAACAGAGGCAGAGAGCAGAAUCCGUGAUGUAGAGAAUCUGAAACAAGAGCUGUCAGCCCUUAAACAGCGCAAGACACCACAAGCAGCCACUGUGGAGGAUCUUCAGGAGGUGCAAGCUUCUGUAAGAAAGCUAGCAGAGUCCAUCCAGACGGUUAAAACAGUACUUGGCAUGAAGAUUCAGUCAGAGCAAAAACAGCGCCAGGAGGACGUGAAGCGACUAGAGGACGACAUCGAGGAGCUGAGGAAGAUGAUCAAGCCGCUGCUGCCGCCUCGCAUGUUUGUCAAGGACGACAACGACAAGGCCAAAGGAAGGGACGCCGAAAACGACACAGAAGGUGUGAACCGUUGGAGUGUUUACAAUACGUACAGAUGGUUAACAUGGAAGACGCGCAUCAUGUACAUGAAGUGGAGGAAGUCGGCUCGCAGACAACAGCAGUCCAGGCCCAACACAUCGGAUAACAAGCCGAACACGCCAGAUAACUAAUCCGCACACGCCAAAUGACAAACAAGCACGAAUGACGACGAUCUCAACGUGUGAAAUGACUGAGGUCCAGCGCGUCAGAUGAUUAGGCCAGACAUGACAAAUGACAAAUCCAGCUUGGCCGAUGACUAAGGUCCAACGGAGAGGACUACCGGAAGUACAUCCGUACAUCACUUUGGUAAUGACGUCAAGGUUAACCAGCUGGCAAAGCAACACAACCAUAGAGCGUAGUUAAACUUAGUUUGUUGAUGUACAGAUCGCGCCGACGGCCUGCAAACUUCAGCUGAAGUCUUGUGAAAAUAAAAAAAGAGAAGUCGCCAAACGACAGUCCAGCGGCAAGGUUGGUUUAAAGGCAGUCGCAUGUUUGUGACGACACAUUUGACAGUUGGAUGAAAAGGACUGAUGCCUUCAUUGUACCCCGAGUGGAAAACAAUAUUGCAUAAAAUGACUCCAUGUUGCCUUAGUUAAAAGAAAGUGCAGCUUCUGGUUUUGACGUAAAGCGCGUACUUGUAAAAAGAUGCCUUUUGCGGAGAUUUUUGUAAACAGCUAUUUUUACUUAUGGGAUAUCAUUUUAUUUUUUUUUUGCUUUUAAUUUAUUCUUAUGUAGGUUUUACGCCUUUAAAAUAAGAAAGUUUAUUUCGUAUUUUUACUGUUUCCCAUAUGUUAACCAUCACUGAAAACGUUGACACUAAACACGGUAGCCAGCAUGCCUGUCUUUUACAUUAAUGCACUCGCUACUUUAUGGUCUCAGUUUCUCAAAGUAGUAAUUUCUGUGAUAGCAACUUAUCAGUAGCUCCCUUUAGGGUCAUUUAUAAUUCCUUCUCUAUGUAGCUCGUAUAACAAUAUUUGAAAGAAAUUUUUCAUAGCAACAAUGUUUAUAAAUGUAUGGCAGGUUUUUUUAAGUUCCACUUAUUUAGCAUUUAGUGUGGCAGCGUUCGAGUCUGUUGGGUGUAUUUUGUAAUUUCGAUUUCCCUCACAAAGAUUUAUCACUAAGCUAUGAAGAAAGUUUAUAUUUGCAGAUAUUUUAAAGGUGUAACUUAUAGAUCCUCAGGAUAUAUUUGCUUUUGGUGUUUUUGUUUUUCCUUAUUUUCAUGGCGCAUCUUGCAGACGUAAAAAAAAAAAAGGCUGUUUAUCUUUGUCUUUUUUUAAACUCGUUUCUCCAAGACUUUUAGUUUGAGAAUAUUGUUUCGACUUCUUCUAAAAUAAUUUAUAGGAAGCUAUCUUUUCUUGUACUGAACAUUCUUGUUUUCUGAUUCUCUUUGAUGUGCGACAGAUAUUUUUUUUGUAAUUAUUUAGAUAAAGUGAGUCGGACCAGUGUUAAUUUGCUCGUAUCAUUUGUCUCAUCAACGCAUGCUAACAUGCACUGAUAUGCUAAUAUGAUUGUAUACCUCUCCUCUCUCUUUAUCCCCUACCCCAAACUCUUCCCCAACUCAAUCCUGUCUUCCUAAGACACCCUGGGCUCCCACUUACCUUGAUGUGUAAGAGUUACUUCAUGAGUUAAAUUUAAUAAAAAAAAAAAUUGUAUUGCAUGUGGUAUAAUACUAUUACUACAAAUACUUAUACUAGGAGACGAACAGAGCAUUGAUGUUAUGAAACAGUUCAAUGCGCAGAACACUUGGUGACGAGGUAACCCUCGCUCCUCGCUAAGGAGGUUUUGGCGAAGGUGGUGUCCUGCUUCACGUUUGCCAGGCUGAGACUGUGACAGAGAGCUCCAGUCUCUCAGACAAGGUGUGCGUGUAAGUGCAUGGCUUUUUUGCGUUUACCGCAGACCAGCUGCCUGCUAUUUCGUUCAGCAGGUGACUUCGAGAGGGACUUGUUGUGAGAACUGGACUAUCAACGUUGCUGCAGACGCUUUCACCGAGAAGAUAGGAAUCCUCCGCCUUUUCGUAGUAGUCUUUUUUAUAUUUCCUCCGUUUCUUUUUUCUUUCCUUUCAUUCAUCAUGAUAAAGCUUUUAUUAUUAAGAAGAUGUAGACUCCACUACCUUCCUUGCUUCCUUCAUUUUUUUCUGUCUUUCCUUCUAUCCUAAUUUCUUUUGUGCCAUUUUUUUUUCUCCAUUCUUUAGUAUUUUUUCUUUUUAGUACUUUCUUUCCUUUUCAUUCAUUGUUUCUUUCUCGUACAAAAAGAAGUGGAAUGAAACAUUCUGCCAGUAUUCACUAAAUCUGGUCGUUACAGGCGGGGAUAUUGUAAUAUAAAUUAUAUUUCUUAUACUAAUAAUUGCCGCCCACUUAUUUUGGGUUCACUUUGACUACAUUGCUCUUACUGUAACGAUCAAUCGUAAUCAAUGUUUUCAGGUUAACUGUUUAUUUCACUGACAUAAAAAGUCAUAUUUGUAUAGUCUUAGACUGUCGCUGUGCCCCACCAAAUCGUAGCUUAUCUGUGAUACAACUAUUCCUUUAUUAAAAGAAAUUUCUUGAAAUUGUAA